AGUAAGCUAUUUAACGUAGCUCUGCUAGCUUAUUUGCCAGGACUCACUAGCCAUUUGACUCGGGGUUUGAAAUCCCAUCGCCUGACACUGCUAGCGAUGGCUUAUGCACAGCCUCCAAAAAAGACAGGGCUGCCACGAGAAGUUCUAAAAUGGUUACAGAGCCUUGACUUAUCAGUGUCACCAAAAAACACCCGCAGAGACUUUUCUAAUGGCUACCUAGUCGCAGAAAUAUUCUCCUGGUACUAUCCUGAAGAUUUCCCCAUGCACUCAUAUGACAACGGAACAUCACUACCAACCAAACUGGGCAACUGGUCGCAGAUUGAGAGGUUCCUGUCAAAACAAAACCUCAGGCUGCCGAAAGAGGUGAUUGAUGGGACCAUUCACUGUAAACCAGGAGCAGCAGAGCUUCUGAUUCAAGAGGUUUACUCUCUUCUGACCAACAGACGAGUUCAAACCCUGCAAGAGGGUGAGGUUGACUUCACUGAUCGUAAUUAUCAGGAGAAACUGCCCAUGGUUGCACGAGCUACAGCUUCCAUUGCCAUCAAGAACAACCUCCGUCUUAGUGAGGUGAUCGCAGAGCCCAACAUCACUGUGAACAAGCAGAAGAUUCAGGCCAUCAUUCACAUGCAUCUACAGCGGAGGCGGGCAGAGAGAGCAGAGAACCCUGGGCGCUUCAAUGUGAAGCCCACGCUGGGCGAGCUGGCCAUUAGACUGCCUCCAACAUCACAGGAAUGGCAAGAAGAGUCCUCUGUCAUCAGCCCCUCACAGACCAGUGGAUCUGCCAGAAUGUCUCCUGCUACCAGCAGAGGUAAAGCUAUUGUUCAGUUCAAGGAGAUUAAUGUACGGCAGACAGAUAAGCCAUCUGUGCUGUCCAACAUUGACAUGUCUUCACAGAUUAAAGGAUUUUAAAGAGGUCAAUGCAUCACCAAAA